AUGUCAAGAAAAUUGGCGCUCGGCGCAUCCCGCGCGAGCAAUGGCGCCUUCACAUUCGCGGCGAGGACAGCGAUGUCUACCACACAACGGACGUUCUCGUCCACUGCUCAACGAAAUAGGGAAAUGAUAUACUUCUCAAAAGCCUCCUCCGAGGAAUUAGACAAUAUCCUCAGCGAAAUUCGACACCAGAUCAUCCUACCUGCCUUCCUCCCUCAAGACCAGCGGAAGAAGAUCUACUCUAAGAAGUACGAGAAGCAGCUGCAAGCGGAUCCUAUAACUAUCGAAAUCGACGGCGAAGUCUUCAAGUUCCGGCACCAGAGCCCGUUCUCGAGCGUACCCAACACGAAAAAGGCACUGUACCGCGCCAUCGAGUUGUUCUCUACGCCGGAAGACUUUUCCAACCUGCGCCCGCUGAUUGAGGGCCUCGCGAUCGCGGACCGGACGUUCAACGUCAACUCGCAGACGAAGUUGACGCGCUUAAUCGGUGAUAAGGGCCGGAUCUACGACAUCAUCGAGCUCGCGCGCAGCGUCAAGCGCACAAGUUUCAAGCUCGACAUGAGUGAAAAGGUCACCGAGAUCCUGUAUCACGUCCAGAUGAGGGCCGUCCGCUCCGGCUGGGAUCUGGAAGAGACGAGGAAGGCGCUGCGCUGGACCGAGAUCGUCGUCGCCCUACUCGAGGAGAAGGACCACCAACCCGCAAACGGUCUCGUGCCCCGCGACACGCUGCCCCUGGCCCGAGACCCAAUGGUACUCCUAUCACCUCUACAUUUAGCCGCUGUGCUAGUCCAGAAGCAGGGCACGGAAGCCGAACCUGCCGUCGUCGAUAAGGUUAUCCAGUAUGCGACGAAGAUCGUGUUACUAUGGGACGAGGGCAAGACGUUGAGACAGACGCAGCCCGAGUCCUUGUUCCAGCCCGACGAGCCACUCGCAUAUAUCGCCGUGGACAACAAGUUCGUGAAGCUAGGAGCGUCGUGGCUGUACGGCCUCAAUGCCGCCCUCGAAGUCCUCCAGAACCAGGGUCCCCAACAUGCAGAACUCGCGGCGAAGCUGAAGACGCGCCGGGAUUCCCUAGAAGAGGAACUCCGCUUAGCGAGGGAAAAUGCGAAAGGGGGUGUCGGCGAAGCGGUAUGGCAGGUAGUGUUCGGGGGCAUGGGCCCGGUGGGAGAUGUAGACCAGGAAAUACGAGAUUCGAUAGACAGAAAAACGGGAUGA